UCGUGAUCCAGUGACGUGUAUUGUGUUAGUUCGCUGCUACGGCGUGUGAAAAAUAUGUUAUGAAAGGUAUGUGGAAAGAUGCUGCUCCAAUUCAGGACAUCAGAUCCUCCAGAAUUUUGAUGGACUCAGUGGCCGAUCUUUGAGGAAGCCAGUGCUCAUGGGGCUGAGCCUGUCCGUCAAUUGCCUCCUGUCACUUAUUUCUCUGGUUAUAAGUGUCUAUAGUGAUCACAGUGAUCUCAGAAUCCAUCACCAUGACUACUGUGUGCUUGGGGCAGGGCCGGCCGGCCUACAGAUGGGCUAUUUCCUGUCCCAGAGUCAGAGAGAUUACAUAAUACUGGAGCGUAACUCUGGACCAGGAAGCUUCUUCCAGAAGUAUCCUCGUCAUCGAAAACUCAUCAGCAUCAACAAAAUUUACACAGGGAGGCGGAACAGGGAGUUUAAUCUGCGCCAUGAUUGGAACUCCCUUCUAAGUCACAGACCAGACCUGCUAUUUCAGAGAUUCAGCCAAGACCUGUACCCUGAUGCUGACAUUUUUCCUCGCUACCUCUCUGUGUUUGAGAAAGAACUGGGGCUGCAGGUUAAAUAUAACACUGACAUAGGAAGCAUUCGAGCUUUGCUGUUUGAAGGAAGUGGACAUAAAGGCUACAUAUUGACGGAUCAGCAUGGGGUGGAUUAUAAAUGCAGAGUUCUUUUAGUGGCCACUGGGCUCUGGAUCCCUGAAGAGGUCAACUUUGUGGGCUCUAAUUUGGUGGAAGGAUACGAGUCCAUCCCCACUGAUCCUGAGGAGUACAAAGAUCAGGCUGUGCUGAUCCUGGGGAAGGGAAACUCUGCCUUUGAAACAGCACAGAGCAUUCUGGGAAGAGCCAGCCGAAUCCACUUGUACAGCCCGAGCCCUGUACGGCUAGCAUGGCAGACACACUAUGUCGGAGACCUCAGGGCAGUGAAUAAUGAGCUCUUAGACACGUACCAGCUCAAGUCUCUGGAUGGCUUAGUGGAGGGAAGACUGGAGGACAUUGCUGUUGUCCGUGGAGGAAGAAUGAAAAAGAGAUCUGGAAAAAAGAUGUUGGGGAAGACUUCAGAGAAGAAAGAGCAGCUCUAUCUUACUCUGUCUGAACUGUUGGACAGCCGCAAUGUCAACAAGGGGACUAAUAUUACUGCAGAAAACCUACCUGGGUACCAUGAUGACAACUUCUCACUAAGACAGCCGUAUGACCGUGUAAUACGCUGCUUGGGAUUCCGCUUCAACUUCUCCAUCUUUAAUGUCUCUGCCCGUCCACCACGCAGCAGUGUUGCACGUGGCCGUAUGCCAGCAGUGACAGCAUGGUACGAGGGCAGGGGGACGGCCAAUCUGUUCAUUCUAGGCAAUUCAGCCCACUCCAGAGACUACCGAAUGUCCGCUGGAGGAUUUAUUCAUGGAUUCCGCUACACAGUGCGUGCUGUGCAUAAGGUCUUGGAGCAACGUUACCAUUACAACGCAUGGCCAGCUACAAAAUUACAGACCAGUCACCUGUUGUCAUGGAUUUUGAAGAGAGUGAAUGAAGCAUCAGGACCAUACCAAAUGUUUGGAAUUUUGGGAGACAUUGUAUUACUGCAAGGAGCUCACUGCGAGUAUCUGGAGGAGUUUCCUGUGCAGGCUCUACCUCAUUUUGCUGCUCUGUCUGGUCGGCAAGUCUCUGAGCAAGGUCUUCUGGUUGUGAUCAUGCAGUAUGGACUGAACCACACAGACACACUUGGGCCAGGGCGUGCUGAGUCAGAGUGGACCAAAGCCUGGAAGUCUAAUUUCCUCCACCCUGUCAUCUACUACUACAGCACACUGCCUACAGAGAGAGAUAUGAGGCAGCGUCCAGUUGGAUGGCCUCUGCCACGUCCUGAUGCUGUGCAUCACAUGGUUGAAGACUUCCUGACCGAGUGGGACCAGCCCGUGUCUCAUAGUCAGCCCCUACGUCGCUUCCUCGAGCACUGCCUUCAGAUAGACCUCAGGGCUUUCUUUGCAGAAUCCUGCUUUCGACUUUCCCUCACCAACCUCAAGACCCCCAUAUUUUGCCGUCAAGGCUACCUAAACAAAGGAGGCAUUGUGGGUAAUAGCCACCUGUGGCAGCAUGCCCGUGAGGCAGGGCUCAUGCCAGACCAUCACAGAUCAGUUCUUCUUGCUAAUGAUGGGUCAUUUUCAAAAUACCUGUCUCUUUCUGGAGCUGCGGUGACUUCAACAAUCAACUCUGAUCUCUAAAGCCAAUCUAAACAAGCCAAAGACUGAUUGAUUCUCUUAUAAAGUUAUAAUGAAAUAUAUUUAAUUAUUAAUUAUCACUAUUUACCUGUACCUCUUAAUGAUAUUUACUUAACUAAAUGCCUCAUUUUUUUUUUAUUCUCCAAAAUUGUUACUGCACUAUAAUUUGUUAGAUGUUUUAGUAAGAAAAUGUUGUAUGUAUUGAGUUUGUGGUUUGUGCUGGAUACUUUUUAUUUCAUUUAAAAAGAAGGUUUUUUUAAUAUUAAAGAGAGCUGAAUCCUAUGUAUUGAACAUACACAAAUACAUUCCACUGAGUAAGAUCCUUUUCAGAAGAUGCUGGUAAAAAACCUGGAAUUCAACUAAAACGGAAUGUUCCUAAUGUGACUUCUUUCUUAUGAUAAUGCUUAUGUGAUUGAUUGUUUAUUAUCUUCAGU